UUCUGGUUUAAACUCUGAUGGAUUGCUUUUGAUGAACUUUAAGUCCUCUGUUCUCGUUGAUCCUCUGUCUCUCUUACAGACAUGGAACAACAACCACGAAACUCCAUGUUCUUGGAGAGGUGUCUCUUGUAAUAACGACUCCAAAGUCGUGAACUUGUCUCUCCCAAACUCUCAGCUCUUGGGUUCGAUUCAUUCCGACUUGGGCUCUCUCCACUCCCUCCAAAGUCUCGACCUUUCCAACAACUCCUUCAACGGGCCGUUACCCGUUUCCUUCUUCAACAAAACAGAGCUCCGGCGACUCGAUCUCUCCCGUAACAUGAUCUCCGGCGAAGUCCCUUCCUCAAUCGGCGAUCUUCACAACCUCCAAACCCUUAACCUCUCCGACAAUGCCUUGGCGGGAAAGUUACCUUCUAAUUUAGUAACUCUUAGAAACUUAACGGCGGUUUCACUACAGAGCAAUUACUUCUCCGGCGAGAUUCCCGGCGGGUGGAGAGAAGUUCAGUUUCUAGACUUGUCGUCGAAUCUGAUCAACGGCUCGUUACCACCGGACUUCGGCGGAGAUAGUCUCCGGUACUUGAAUCUCUCGUUCAACCAAAUCUCCGGCGAAAUACCGCCGGGGAUCGGUGCUAAUUUCCCUGAAAACGUCACCGUUGAUCUCUCCUUCAACAAUUUAACCGGUUCAAUCCCGGUUUUCCUUAACCAGAAAUCAGAUUUCUUUACAGGUAACCCUGGUCUAUGCGGCGACCCGUGUCCGAUCUCUUCUUCACCGUCAGUCAUCUCCGACGCCGAUUCACCGACGUCUACACCGGCAAUCGCAGCUAUACCGAACACAAUCAGUUCAAACCCGGUUAACAAUCCAACAACACAACAAAAGAACCGGACUCCCAGAACCGGUUUACGACCAGGAGUCAUAACCGGGAUCGUUAUUGGAGAUAUAGCGGGAAUCGGAAUCCUCGUUUUGAUUCUCCUUUACAUCUACAGAUGUAAGAAGAACAAGAACAUUGCUAACAACAACAAUGUCAACAAGCCAAGAGAAGAACCAACGGAUACAAUUACGUUAUCACCAUCUUCGUCAUCUUCUUCUACUUCACCAGACGAAUCAAGAAGAUUCACUAAAUGGUCGUGUCUACGUAAAGACCCCGAAACGACGCCGUCUGAGGACGAAGAAGGCGGUUACAAUGCAUCAACGGACAAGCAAGGGACGUUAGUGACCGUUGAUGGAGAGAAAGAGAUGGAGAUUGAGACUCUGCUUAAGGCUUCUGCUUAUAUUCUAGGCGCGAGGGGAUCGAGUAUAAUGUAUAAAGCUGUUCUCGAAGACGGUACGGUUUACGCGGUUCGUAGGCUCGGUGAGACCGGUUUGAGUCAACGCCGGUUUAAGGAUUUCGAGUCGAAUAUUCGAGCGAUUGGGAAGUUGGUUCAUCCGAAUUUGGUUAGACUCCGUGGGUUCUAUUGGGGUAGCGACGAGAAAUUGGUUAUUUACGAUUUUGUCCCUAACGGCAGCCUCGUUAACCCCCGUUACCGAAAAGGAGGUGUGUCGUCUUCGCCGUCGUAUCAUCUACCGUGGGAAACUCGGCUUAAGAUAGCAAAAGGCAUCGCACGUGGGCUAGCUUAUCUCCACGAGAAGAAGCAUGUGCAUGGGAACUUGAAGCCCAGUAGUAUACUAUUGGGCCACGACAUGGAGCCUAAAAUUGGUGAUUUAGGACUCGAGAGGCUUCUUACAGGUGAAACAAGCUACAGCCGAGCUGGUGGGUCUUCUAGGAUUUUUGGUAGCAUGCGUUCCAGGGCGUCUUCACGGGACUUCUCUUCCAUUGGGCCCACGCCAAGCCCAAGUCCUAGCUCGUUGGGCCCGUUAUCACCCUAUUGCGCACCGGAGUCUUUCCGGAGCCUUAAACCGAGCCCAAAAUGGGACGUUUUCAGCUUUGGAAUGAUCUUCCUUGAGCUUCUGACGGGGAAGAUCGUUUCAGCUGAAGAGGUUGGGCUUGGGAAUGGACUGACGGUGGAAGACGGGCACCAUGCACUGAGAAUGGUCGACGUGACGAUCCGUGGCGAGUUACUUGACAAAGAAGACUUUCUACUCACUUGUUUGAAGUUGGGAUAUAACUGCGCGUCUCCUAUUCCUCAGAAGAGACCAACCAUGAAGGAAUCUUUGGCUGUUCUUGAAAGAUUCACUCCUAACUCUUCUGUUGUUAAGUCUCCGUCGUUCCAUUACAUGAAUCAUUAAUUAAUGUUUUUUUUGUUAGUCAAUCUAUUUUUUUUCUUUUUUGAAACAUGUUUAGUCAAUAUUUCAUUUGCUAACUUUUUCAGUGUAUAAAAAAUCUUUAAGUUCGUG